AUGUGCAAGCUGCGCUUGCUGUUGCACUUAUUGUGCUUGCAACUCGUGUGCGGCAGCAGCCAGAAUCAAACACUCGACUAUCUGUGGCACCACAUGAAUCCGAAGAUCGAUGCCUGCGUUGAUUUCUACGAGCAUGCUUGCGGUGGCUGGGCAAAGGCGCAUCGAAGCGACGCCUACUACAGUCAGCUGGGGCAACUUGAUUACAAUUACAAAAGCCGUUUAAUCACGAUGCUGAAUCGCGACCCAAAGAUGAAUGAGCCACGCUUUGUCAAGCUGCUGAGAGACAAUUACAGAUCCUGUCGUCGCCAGCGAAUCAAGUUUAAGGCGUCCCAUUUUGUACACUUUCUGCUGAAGUGGAGCGAAAGCGAGUGGAAGCUACUUAAGCUGCUGAAGCUGGACCAUGGUCUGGACCUGUUGCCACACUAUGAAAGCAGUGACGAGGCGGAGAAAGCGGACAUUGAAUGGCUGCGUCAGAUAACCGUGAAUUGGCCACACAAGCAAUCUGGCUCAGCGGCUGCUGCCGAGUUUCUGCCCCUGAAGCGAGACGAAUUCCGGCGGCUCUAUCAACAGCUGGCCAUGCCACACGGCAUGCCACGGGAGCAGCUCUGGAUAAAACUCGAGAAGCUGGAGUUGCAGCUGAGUCAGCUGCCACAUAAUGUGAGCAGCGGUAAAGUGUUGUCAUUCCAACAGUUUCCCGAUCAUUGGCUGUUGCCGCUGCCACUGCAGCCGGAGUCGAGUCAGAUGCUUGAUACUCACUGGCGUCACUAUAAGCAACGCUUACCACGUCUGCUUGCUACACAUUCGCUACCCGUGUUGCUGCACUACUCAUUACUGCGACUGUUGCACAAGCUGCAGUUGCGUGGGGCGCCACAGUUUACGCGUCACGAGUGCGCCGGACAGACGCACGAACUGCUGACGCAUGCCGCUGUCUGGUUGCUGCAACAGGAGUCGGAGGAGCGACAACUGAUGACUGAUACGAUGCAGCAGCUGUUCGAACAGUUGCGUCAACGCUUCGCACUCAAGUUGCAAGAGAAUCGAAAUCAUUUUGGGGCACCAGCUCAGCGCUUUCUACGCGAUAAGUUGCAACGCAUGCGAUUGCAGGUGAGCGUGUUGCCGGGCGGCGAUGCGGACGAGGAGCUUCGACUGCUGGAGACGCACUAUGCGCCGCUGCAGCUGAAUGUUAGCGAUUACUUCGGCAACUUGCUGGCGAUACUGCAACAGCUGAACUGGCAACAGCAGCAAGAUGCGCUGGAGGCGGAUGGAGAGAAUAACAAUACAAUAGCAGCAGCUGCUGCUUCACUGCAUCUGCUGCAGCCCGAUGGCUACGGCAGCUAUGCCUCGCCAUUCUUUAUGCCUGGUCGCAAUCUCGUGUUGGUCCCGCACUCGCUGCUUGCACCGCCCAUCUAUUGGCCCCAACAGCCGGCGUUGUUGACGCAAAGUGCACUCGGCUUUCUCAUCGGACACGAGAUGUCGCACGGCUUUACGCCCACCGAUGUCAUCUACGAUGCGCGUGGCACGCGGGGCAGUCGACAGCAGCGGCAACAACUGCGAGCGAGCGAACAUUUUGUGCGGCAAUCUCGGUGUUUUCGUAGGAAGUACAAGGACAUGACCGAUGAGAAGUUCUGCGACAUUAAUGGACUCACUUUGGCCCACGAGGCAUUUGUGGCAACUUCCUCUGCGACGGUGGCAGUCAACAAAUCGAUGCAGCAACUCUUCUUCUUGAAUGUUGCUCAGUUCUUUUGCCAGCUGGAUGAGCUGCAGCUGGGGCAGGACUCUGAUGUCCAUGGCGGAAGUCGACAGCGCAUCAACGAUGCUGUCUUCACAUCGGCGGCCUUUAACAGCGCCUUCGAUUGCAGUUCGCCGGUGAGAGACGAGUGUCAAUUGUACUAG